UUUAACGAUGAGUUUUUCCAUUGUUAUAUUUACCAUCACAAGUAAUAGAUGAUAAUGUCCUCGUGCAAGGGAAGACUCUAUUGAACUAUGAUUUUUUUUACUUAUUUUGUGGUUUUAUUUUGCUGUAUUGGAACAGUUUGUGCUGAUUGGGGUGCAUGGGUAAAUGGAACUUGUUUUACAAAUUGUGAACAGAACAGGACAAGACAAUGUAGAAGUGAACCCUGUACAGGUGAUGCUUGGGAAGUUACGAGUUGUGAUUAUGGAAACUGUGUCAUAGAAGGAUUAAGAAUAGGUACAUCUGCGGAGGUAUUAUUUCGAAAUGACCAUAGCAUGACAUAUUCAUCAUUUGAAUGGACAGGCGGUCCAGAUAUCACUGCAUCGGCUGUUAUUAUUGACGACAACAAUAUCACAGUGCCAGUGACAUCUGAUAACGUCAACAAUGUUGGAUCAUUCAAUAUCACAUCUAGUAAUACCAACACAAAGGAUUUUGGUGUAUAUCACGUACAGUUAAUUAUUACAAACAGCAAAGGAGUUCACUAUGAAAACAUGGCUUUGUUUUAUGAAGAACCCAUUGUCCUUACCUCUGUUAAUACACCUUCAGAAGUACUCCUAAAUUCAGCAUUUGAAAUGACCGCUAUAUUGUCAUCCGGUAGUAACGUUGAAUUUGAUUGGAUAAUGAAUGACGACGAUUCUGCUUAUAAAUUAUGCCAACACACCGUACGCGAAUGUACAGCUAACUACACUUAUUCUACAAUAGAUAUAUUCAAUAUAACUUUAGUUGCUAGAAAUGAAGUUAGCUAUGGAAUACAAACUGAAAUAUUUGUGACUGUCCUGAAAGAGGUCGCUGGUUUAAGUUUUUCUCAAAGCAUUGGUGCAGUUAAUACAACUAGAAGUGCAGAAUUCGUUUUGAUACUAGACUCAACUGUCCGAGAACCAAUGGGAAAUCUCACAAUCGUUAUUGACUUUGGUGAUGGAAUGUCCGAAACUACGAAUUUAUAUGAUAUAGCAAAUACACUGCUGACACCGGGGAAAACUUUUGCUCAUUUGUAUUCUCAGCAGGGAGAAUACGUUGUAAUGGGAAAUAUCAGCUCUACAGUAAGUUCCCAAAGUUUAAGUAAUGUUACAGUAAACGUGUGGGACGACAUCUCUCAAUUAUCUCUUGAUGUACCGAAAUUUGCGCAAACUGGUACAGAUGUUAAUUUCCAAUUCCAGAACUACCCACCAAAUGGUUUUGAAUAUACUAUCUUAUAUGGUGACGGAGGCGAACUGAAAAACAACGCAGGUGUCCAAUAUGCUGCAUUUGACAGUACUCCGUGGACACAUAGUUAUUCUUCCCCUGGCAUAUAUGAAAUCUCUUUAUUAGCCAUCAACGCAGAGCAGACAAAAGACUGUAAACUCAAUAUAACAAUCCAAUACCCUAUAACUGAGCUGAUUAUCUCCCCUCCGGCUUUACCGUUUCUACGAUAUCCUACACCAGACGGAAUAAUUGAAUUCGAAAUUUCACAAGUUUCAAAUGCAGAUCCACCGACAAAUGUUACUUGUUCUUUUUCAUUUGAAAAUAACGAAAUGUAUAUAGAAAAAGUUGUUGACAUCGCAUACAUGCAGCCUUUAAAAAUGUCUUAUACUUACACGACAGAAGGUACUAAACAUGUAAACGUAACGUGUAUCAAUGUAGUGAGUCAAUUUACUGUUCUGACUCAACUUGAAAUUAAAUCAGUCACGCUCAAUGAUUUUCAUUUCUCAUAUCCUACCGAACUUAACGUGAAUAUGUCUGUGAAUGGAGAUAAUGAGGUAAAUGAUUUUUCUGAGGACAUUCAAUUCAAAAUAUCAUUAUUGAACUGUACCAGAUUUCCGCUAAACUCUUCGUUACAGUUUGACUUUGGUGAUGGAACACCUUUAUCAGAUAUAUUUGAUUUUAACGUUCAGCACAGCUUUACAAAAAGAGGACAGUUUCUAGUGGUUGUUACUAUAUCUGACUCGACAUCAAUAACCACAGUCAACUUACCAAUUAGGAUCGGAAGGGUAGAUUUUACUGUAGACAAAUAUAUAGGAAGUGUUGGUCAUCUCCCGUUUGUUUUUAACAUUUCAGGACCACCAAGUGGUGGUUCGUACCAACUCUUUGUCGACGAUGGCGAUAAAUAUGACUUAUCAAGUUCAAGUACCCCAGUUUUAAAAUCACAUGUUUAUAAAGAUUUCGGAAAAUAUUAUCCAAAAGUGAUAGCUACUUUUCCCGAUUUUACUGAGAUACUUUAUCUUGAAAGAUCUCUCAAUACAGAUUAUAACCUAUCCGUAAUUAUGAUAGACUUUAAUACAACCGUGGAUCUGCCUCCAGGAGAAAUAACAGUUAUUGUAUCUAAGCAUCCUUUAGCGGACGACCUACCGAGUGUAAAAUGCAGAUUCGAUUUUCAAGAUAAAAUAGAUGUAGUACCAAAAGAAAAAACACAAGAUAUAACUACUGACAACCCUUUGAUUUAUCAUUUUACCUACUAUACUCUUGGUUAUCCUAUAGCAAAUUUUACCUGCUUUAACCAAUAUGAUCGCAGCGAAAACAUAACUACUUUAACUGUUGUAAAUGAGUGCUUCCCCUUGACCGGAAUAUUUGACAGACAGUAUUCUAAUACAUCAAACCCAUUGAAGCUUAUUACAUCAGAAGAUGUAGAUCUAUCGAGCAGAAUGCCUGUGAAAUGUGCAGAUAAGGAUGUCGGAUAUAAAUGGAAAAUAUACAAAAUUGUAAAUGACACGGAAGUCUUGAUCAAUUACAACCCUCCCGAAGUACCGAAAGGCUCAUUGAGGUUCUCUAGAGGAGGCGUCAGAGAGGGUUUGUACAAAGUUACUUUAAACGUCAGUCUACCAGAAACAUAUGUCUUUGAACCAACAUUUAUACAGUUUAUAAAACCUCCUCCAUUUGCAUAUAUCGAUGGUGGAUCUCAACAGCAAGCCGCAUUAGUAACACCAGUUGUUAAAAUAGAUGCUUUGACUUACUCGUAUGAUCUGGAGCAAGGAUACGGUGGAAACACACACUUGACAUUUGAUUGGUCAUGUAAAAUGGUAGGUAACGCAAGCGAUUUGGCUGACCUGUCAAUUAACUACGAGAAUAAUUUCCAAUCAUUUCUGGACUGUAGCGAGUUACUGGAUACAACGUUGCCACGUGGAAAAACAAUAUUGAAGAUGCUGAACAACUCAUACCAAGGUUACGCAGUAUCAGUGAAUGUUUCAGUAGAUAACUUAAUAACACCGUUUACUCAGCUGAUAUUGGCUGUUCCUGGAUCGCCACCAAUUGUUUCUAUUGUGUGCACAAUCAACUGCAUGGCGAAAUAUGCUGUAAUGGUGAAGUCUAUGUGGUAUGUAAAGUGUACAGAUUGUACAACAGAGGACAUUCUGUCAUAUCAAUGGACGAUGUAUUACAAAGACUUAAAUGGUGACUGGCAACAUAUAACAGAUCUAACAGAAUUCAGCGAUACAAGACCUACAAGCAAAAGUUUUGCAAUCAAUGACAACACACUGCAAGUAGAAAUGGAAUAUAAAUUGACUGUUUUUGUAACCGGUUAUGGUCGUGAAGGGAUUGGAGAAGCAUCAUCGACAUUUUUAACAAACAGUGCUCCGUAUGAUGGUCAUUGCGAAGCAGACCCAUCAAUAGGUAAUGCUUCUACGACAGCUUUUAAAAUUAUGUGCUUCGACUGGAAAGAUGAGACAGAGAAUCCAAUGAAAUAUGAGUUCCUCAUAGUAGAAAAAAGUGAUGAAGACGACGGUAUUGAGAAGGAAACAUCGUUUCAGUUUGGAGGUGAAAUGACUGCGACUGAAAUCAACUUUCCUGUCGGCGAUCCGGACAACAAUGAUACCCUAUACUUACGUGUCAAAAUAUAUGAUGUGUACGGCGACUACAAUGUGUCAGAUUUUACAGUUAUUUCGAUGCCACCAGCAGAAUAUGUACCAAAGGAUCCUAAUGAUGUUAAUGCCACAAACAAGCUAUUUGAUGACUAUGAUGAAACAUUUGCCAAAGUAAACAAAGGUGGCAACACUAUGGCAUUAUUGAGACUAAUGGAUUCCACAGCAAGUAUAUAUGCAGAUAUUGAUCUACCUACACCUGGUAUUCCUGACUUGUCAACGCCAAUGAAAUGUGUUAACUAUACAGAUAGCGGGAGUGAUCAGUCUAGCGUGAAAUCAAAUCUUCAGCAGAAAACAGACGACAUGAUUCGUGAAAUGGAUAAAAGAACUCCAGAUGAAAAGGCCAAUGUUGGAAUGAAUUCUGCAGACGCUGGAUUUAUGGCCAAAACGCUCAAAACUGCCAUAAAAAAUAAAGCUUUGAUGAAUGAUGAACUAUCCAAAAAUGUAGCAAAAAAUGCUUUGAAGACAAUACAAAACAUUAAGAAAAGAACUAAAAUUAAGCCCCUUGUGAUGGCAGAAAUCUCUAGUACAAGGGGUGCAGCUAAAGAAGUAGUUAAUGUUUUGGCAGAUACUUUGGCAUAUUGGAAAACAGGUGGAUCGGAAAACUUAGAGGAAAUACUUACUGUGGAAUUUGUUGAAGAGGAAUUCAGACAAUACUAUAGAAAAUAUCCAGAAAAAUAUGACGAGGAAAUAACAGAUGAUACACAAUUCGACAGUUUUGUUAAAAAAUGUUAUACCAAUAAACAGAUUAUUUUUGAAAAACAGAAAGAAAUGGCGAAAUCGACAGAUGGAGGUGCAGAGGAUCUUAUAGAAUCUGUUAAUGACGCAUUGGAUUCUACUGCAGCUACAACAUCGCCAGGAGAAGGAGCGCAAUUGAUUAAUAAAACAGAUAUCACUUUGAGUGUGGAAAAAGAUAGUAAAGAUGCUUUCCUUAAUAAAUCUGUAGUGUACAGGAAAGGAAUGUCCUUACAGUUUGACAACAAUUCUUUGACAAAUGUCACUGAGGGUACUAAUAUGGAUCUUCAGGUGACUGUCAUGGAAAAGUCUCCGCUCCUUCAUGCCGGUGGGGCAAGUCAAGUCAACGGAAAAAUUAUGAACAUUGCUGUGAAAGAUGACGAAGGAAAGAAAAUUAAUGUACAAUUGAACAUGAAAAUAGAAAAUCAGGGUGUCACCCAUUUCACGGAGUAUGCACCAUUUUAUGACCCGGACGAUCCAGAUAAAAUGAUGUAUUUCCGGUCAAAGCUCCCAAAUGACAAUGAUGCAGUGGUAUUAUAUAUCAAACUGAGUGAGGAAAUGAUGGCAGAAAUAAAACAACGUGAUUUAUACACCUUAUAUGCUAAAUCCAAAUCUCAGCCCUCCUCCACUGAUUAUGAAUACACACAAACUGUCAGUGCAACCGAUAUGGAAAUAUUUGGUUUUAAAGUGUUUAUAAAGGAGAGAACGUUGAAGAAAGGGGAUAUUUUUAUUGCAUUGAAAGCCAUGGCAGAUGAUCAAAACGUAGAAUCGCCUGACACAAAAGUAAGGCGUAGGAGGAGUACGCACUCAAAUGCCAAGCUUUCAUCAGUUUCAAAUGCAACUGACCUUGCAACAGUGAAUGUAAGUUUAGCUGUAGUGACAACUGGAUGCAGAGUUUACGAUCCAACUUCAAAAUCAUGGAAGUCAAACGGUUGCUCUGUUCUUCCAUUUUCAACACUGAACGAAACAGUAUGUCGUUGUGAGCCUUCGUCUGGUUCUAUCUUUUCUCUAGCAUUCGCUGCUCCAAACAUGAUAGAUUUCAGUACAGUUUGGUCUAAGUUUGAUCCUGCUAAUGCUGCCGUGUAUGCCACAUUGAUUGCUUUAUUACUAUUAUACUUUAUAUUUGUGGUCGUACUGAGAAGAUAUGACGGAACAGACACAAUUAGGAGUAUCCCGACAUUUUUAUGUGACAACCAACAAUCUGACGAAUACUUUUAUAUGAUUGCUGUUCAUACUGGACUGAGACCAGGGUCGGGAACAAAGUCUAAUGUCUGUUUUAUUUUAUCUGGAGAUACUGAUGAUGGUGGUAUACGAUUGUUAAGCGACGGGGAACGACAAGGUUUUGAAACCAACAGUGUAGCUUUUUUUAUGAUGUCAACAAAUAAAAGUUUUGGAGAUUUGUCCUUUUUAAGAAUAUGGCAUGACAACAGUGGUGACGGCAAUACUAAUUCAUGGUACCUUCAUAAAAUAGUCGUUACAGACAUACAUACCGAUGCAAGAUAUGUUUUUCAUUGUGACAAAUGGUUGGCAAUGGACAUGGAUGAUGGCUUGAUUGACAGAAUAAUUCCAGUAAUAGACAACAAAGAAUGCGGUUUUGAAACCGCCUUUUCUCAACAGUCACGGGCAAAUGUAACAGAAAAUCAUUUAUGGUUAUCAUUAGCAAUACGACCUCAGAAAAACUCGUUUAGUCGAGUGCAGAGGUUAUCAGUUAUUCUUAUGCUAUUGUUUCUUACGAUGAUAACAAAUGCAAUGUUUUUCCAGUCAAGCGAUGACGAUACAGUAACCCCGGAUACUGUUCAGAUUGGUAGCAUGAGAUUAUCUUUGAAAAUUGUUUACGUGUCGUUCAUUGGAUGCGUGAUCACAGUUCCACCAAUUGUCUUGGUAACUUAUUUGUUCCGAAAUACUAGUGCUAAGGUAGUUAAGAAGAAGCAAAAACAAAAGAAUACUGAUACCAAAGAAGAUGACGAUAAUGACGAUGAUGCUAUUAUGACAUUGACAACUAAAAAGAAGUUUCCUCAUUGGGUUGUAUAUAUCGCGUGGUGUGUUGUAGCCCUUGCUGUUAUAGCGUCAGCGUUCUUUCUGUUAUUGUACAGCAUGCAGUGGGGAAAGGUUAAAGCAGAAGAAUGGCUGACUACAUUCAUCUUGUCAUUUAUAGAAUCUAUUUUACUGGUGGAUCCAUUUAAGGUUAUCAUUGUUGCUAUACUCAUUGCGUUUAUCAUGAAAAAACCGGUAGAAGACGAAAAACUUACAGUUAACCUGGAAUCUGUGAAAAGACGGGCCAAAAAAUAUCAACCAUCAGAAAAUAAGCAAUUUAUAGCAUUUAGACUAGAGGUAAUGGCAAGGGAAGGACCGCCUCCUGCAGAAGUAAUGGCAAAAGAAAGAAAAUUAAUGAUGAAACAAAAAGAGGCAAAGCGAGCCUUCAUGACGUUAGUCCUACAUAUAUUUUUCGUCUCUGUAUUGUUCUGUAUGAGCUACAUAAAUAGAGACCAGAGAGGAUAUCUGUAUAAAGCUCAUAUUGACAGUCAGUUAUACGAGUCUAGUAAAUUUCGAUAUGGAUUCUCUAAGGUUUCAUCAAGUGAAGCGUUCUUCAACUGGACAAAGGAUACUUUAAUUCCUUUGUAUUAUCCAACAUCAGAGUAUAAUGGUGAUGGUCUCAGUGUUGUGGAUAAGUUCUUUGUAGGAGACAUGGCUAACCUCAGACUUGGUCUUGUUAGACUCAGACAGGUUAAAGUGAAAAAAGCGGAAUGUUUCACAAAAAAACUAGUUGCGGGGCAUUACUGUGCAAAAAAUUAUAAUGACGAACGAGAGGAAACUGCUGAUUUGUGUGAUGGAUGUCAAACCCCUUUAACAACAGAUGCAUGGAAAUAUGUUUCGUCAGAGAAAAUAUGGGGAAUCCCAAUAAUAGGCAUUUAUAAUACAUAUGGCGGCGGCGGAUAUAUUCAAAGUUUUAGCAACAUUAAGGCAAAUACUGAAAACAUACUAGACGAACUGUCUACUUUGCAUUGGAUUGAUCGUCAGUCAAGAGCAGUCUUUGUUGAGUUUGCACUGUAUAAUGCAAACAUUAACAACAUAUGUUACUCGAUAUUUUUGGCAGAAUUUCCUGAAACAGGAGGUGCCUUUAAUUGGGUUGAUACACAGUGCUUUAGGCCAACAUUGAUCACAAGUGCAACAGGUGCAUUUAAUUUAUUACUUAGUAUUUUCUUCCUCAUUAUGGUAAUUGGUAGAACGGUUACAAUGAUAAAAGGCAUGAGAAGAGAAAAAUUGAAAUAUCUCAUGAAUUUUUGGAAUAUCUUGGAUAUUUUAAUUGUGAUUUUAAGUAUAAUCGGAGUAGGUCUCUGGGUGGCAAAAUUUAUUUUUACAAAGAAGGCAUUGGGACUGUAUGCUGAUAAUAAGGAUGUUUUUAUUAAUUUCCAACACAUAGUUAUAUGGGAAUAUGCAUACAACGUUCUUCUGGGAUUCUUGUGUUUCUUUUCAACAUUACGUGUUGCAAGUGCUCUGGGAUAUAAUAAAAGGAUAACUGAGAUUGCGUAUGUACUGAAGUAUGGGGCGUCAGAAAUAUCUGGUUUUGGUCUGCAAUUUUUCAUCAUAUUUUCUGCCUUUGUUAUGUUUGGUUAUUUGAUAUUUGGCAUUGCUCUUCAUGAAUUUCGGAAUCUAUUUGUAAGUUUUGGAAGUCUUCUUAAUACAAUAAUUGGACGAAAUACACUAGGUAAAAUGCAGCAGGCUGUUCCUAUUUUUGCAGAGGUAUACUUCUUUAUAUAUGUCUUUUUUGUGGUAUUCACUUUGCUGACGAUGUUUGCCGCCAUUCUUAAUAACUCAAUAAUACAUGUAAGAAGUAGCAACAAGAAUGUCCAAGGAGAAGUUGGAAUCACAGAUAUUCUAAAAGGCACAUUCACAGAUAUGCUUGGUUUAGUUGGAAUUCAUAUAAAGAGAAAAGGAAAAAACAAAUCCGGGUACAACUAUAAAGGGGAUAGCCAUGGCCCAGUUAGUUCAGCAAAAGUUGUUAACUUAGUCAGAGAAACAUUUGCUGAUGCGUUUCAAGAAGAUACUUUGGUAAGUCAACAAAAAGAAAAAGGAAAGUUAAAGCAUCUAAACGACUUCGUCAUUCAAAAGUCGGCCAAGAAUGAUUAUGAUCGAAACACCUGCACACCUAGACAAGUACAAAUGGAUUUUUACAGAUAGUGUGUUAGAAACUAAAAGAAACAGUAUUGUCAAUGAUUAUAUAUUACAUUUAUAGUGUAAUUACGUUACAGAGUGUAUACUUUUUAUCUACUGUUUAUAAUGUUGUAAAACCUUUUGAUUUUUAUGUCUGUGCAUUUGAUUUGGGGUUUUGUAUAUUUUUCAUCUCUAAAAUUAAAUUCUCAAUAAUAAAUAUUUCUGCUUCCUUCACUUCAAUAUCUAAUAGAAUCAUUUUUUAAGAAUUUCAUACAAAUAAAAAAAUAUAAACAAUUUUUUUUUCUUCAAAACACCUUCUACAAUAUGAAUAAUUGAUGAAUUUUAAUAGUAAAUGUAUGAUCUAUUUAUUCAAAGUCUUGUUAUGAACUUAAAUUUUAUAACGGUCAGUAAAUUUUUGGUAAUUGGUCUUUGUCAAACAUUGUACUUGCAAUUAAUUCAAGCAGCAUAAUAUUUCUGUGCACAUAGAAAUAGCAGCUCCUUUACAAAUUAUUAACUCACUGUUAGCAAUAAACUCAUCAUAGAAACCAGGACUAUAUCUGAUGUUUACACCAGACGCGAGGUUCGUCUACAAAAGACUUUAUAUCAGUGACGCUCGAAUCCAAAAAAGUUAAAAAGGCCAAAUGAAGUACGAAGUGAAAGAGGACCAAAAUUCCUUCAAGUUUAGCAAAAUACAACUAACUCAAUCUAUUCCUAAGGUAAAAAAAAACCUUAGUAUUUCUAAAUUUCACAAACUUUGUAAACAGUUUAUUUAUAAAAUUUUGCAAAAUGUCUAAACCGAACCUUUUCGGGACUUUUAACUAUAUAUUAUAUUGAAGAAGUAAUAAAGAAGAUUUUAAUAUGGUCACUUAUUAUAAUGAAAUAGCAGAAUAGAGUUUGAGAAACGUUUAAUUAAUUAUUCCUCAAGCUAAAAAGUUCAGUAGAAUAUAAUAUAUUGCACCAUCUGUCCGUCAGACCGUCUGUAUGUAACUUUGUAGAUAAUUAGGUAAAUGUGCAUAUCGACAAGAAAUUAUGAUUCAAUGUUUUUUUCUAGAAGUGAUGCUCCUUUAUAUCACUAUUUUGACCUUAAUAUACUAGUGCAACAGUUUGUCAUCAAAACCACAGAAUAAUAUAAAACUUGUUUUAUCAUUUGGAUUUUAUAAGAGUAAACAGUCUUUGAACUUAUGAACCUGGUGAGAUUUAAGUCCAGUGGCAAUCUGAGACAUGGAGUAUAUAUAAGCAUGGUCACCAAGGUUUUCAUUGAUAACAUUCAAUUCAAUUUUAUUUUUUUAUUUCUCGAUAUUAUUUUCUACAUAUUUUCGCAAAGAAAGGUCGCAAUUAAAGACUUGUCUUUUGUGGAUAGUUGUCUCAUUGGCAAUCAUACCACAUCUUCUUUUUUAUAUAGCUAAACUGAUAUACCGUAUAUGUUAUUCCUACCGCAAUCAAAUGCCAUAAACAUUCAUUUGAGAAAAUUAAUGACUUGUAUAUAUAUUAAACGUCAGCUUAUCUUAGGUUACAAGAUGAAAUGGUUUUCAAAAAAAGAAGUACCAAGUACUUGACAUAAUAAGUUAUAUCAGUAUGCCAAUUCAAUUUCAGUUUGUAUUAUUCAAUGAUAGCUUACUAGCUACAGAUCACUUAACGUUUUUGAAGGUCGUUUGUGAAUUUC